CAAAGGAUACGUGGUACUAUCAACGACUCGUUCUCUCUUCUGUUUGGAUACUUGACGCGGACGGUACUGCUCUUCGUGAAAACAUCACCGUCCGAGAGAGAGAGAGAGAAAUGGGAAACCACCCGUCCGCCCACCAGCCGCUCGAGAGGGCUACCAGCCAUGCUGGAAACGGUCUUCGCCUCUCGAAGCGCGAGAGGUCACCGGGCAAAAGGAUGGACCGGCUUCGACGGAGCUUCCGCGACAGUUUUCGCCGGCGGAAAGAUCCUCACGUGCCCGAGUCUAGCAAGCCUCAUCAGUGGCAAGCUGAUGAGAGCGCAGUGCGUUCGGCUACGUGCGCAUUUCACGUCAAGUACCUGGGAUGUGUGGAGGUGUUUGAAUCGAGGGGUAUGCAGGUCUGCGAGGAAGCUCUUAAGGUUCUUCGAAACUCAAGACGGAGGCCAGUACGGGCGGUGCUUCACGUGUCCGGCGACGGACUGCGCGUUGUCGAGGAUGAGACGAAAGGCUUGAUUGUCGAUCAAACGAUCGAGAAAGUCUCGUUCUGCGCGCCAGACCGAAAUCACGAAAAGGGAUUCAGUUACAUCUGCAGGGAUGGCACGACGAGGCGAUGGAUGUGCCAUGGAUUUUUGGCGUUGAAAGAAUCGGGGGAAAGGUUGAGUCACGCGGUGGGUUGCGCCUUCGCCGCGUGCUUGGAGAGGAAGCAACAACGGGACAAGGAAUGUGGAGUUACGAUGACUUUUGACUCCAAGACCUCCACCUUCACGAGAAGCGGCAGCUUUAGGCAACCGAGCCUCACCGAGCGGUUGCAGGAGUCACGCGAUCGUGCAGUCGACGUCCCUCCGGUCAAGCAGGUAUACAAUCCCUUCGCGAUCGAGAGGCCGCACGCCACUCCGUCAAUGUUGGAGCGACAGGGUUCCUUUAGGUGUUUCACGCAGCUAAAUCAGGCAUCCCCGUUCAAGAGGCAGCUCAGUCUACGAGUCAACGAUCUUCCUAGUAAUCUCGAGCGCACACGUAGUCACAGCCUGGAGCCGACGGACUUGUCGCGGAUUCCUCCGGCUCUCUCGCACAUUGUACCUCUGAAGCCACCGGAGUUCGAAGGAUAUGACGAAGUGAGCCCGAUACCGGAAAUAUCCCCCGGCGGUCAGGACAGCGUAUCCGCGAUGUGUCAGCAGCUUUCUCGGGGGCUUUCUCUGCUGUCGAGCAGCGACGAUUUCGGACCAAUGCCAUCUCAUGCUGCAGCCGCGAGUUCGGUCGCCAAGCAACUCUUCACCAGUACCGCCAGUUCUCCUCCAGUGACGAGUAGCAGCUCGUUGGACGAGAUGAAGCUGCAAAACGGCCCCACCAUCAACAACAAUAACAACAAUGACAAGAAUGACGAUCUCAGCAACUUGAAUCACGUCGGGCCGAGCUGGCGGGACACGACAUCCCCCCCUGUUCUCGCGUCGAACCACAGGCUCACGCCUAUCCUUAAGGCGAGCAACCUGAGUCCCGUUCUUCCAAGGACGAACGCGCCCACUCCAGUCGUUAUGAGCACACCGGCACCCGCCACCAGUGUAGGUGCCUUCGGCACACCACCGUCGGCGGCGAGCCCGGCUUUCAGUACGGCUUCUACGUCCUCCUUAGGGAACACGUCGACACCGGCCGUAAACAGAUCGCCGAUCCCGAUCAUCAAUUCAGUGACGACGCCGAAAACGAGUUCGCCCAGCGCCAGCGUGGCGUCCGUUUCACCGGCUCUGUCCGGCGUCGUCUCGACUGACGUCGCUCAAGUCUCGUCGGCAACCGGUAUUCCGACAGCUCUGGUACAACCGCUUUCCACAGCAGCUGGUUUGCCGAAACCGGAACAAUGGCUGGGCAGUAUAACCGGAUCCGUGCCGUCGCCGGUGCCGCAAGUACCCGUUAGUCCUCGACGAGCGCCUCCUCUCCACGCGAGAGCGCAUUCGCUCGGAUCGGCCGCAAUGAGCCAGGCUUCCAGAGGAGGACCCUCCGAUCCCUUCGACGUCGAAUGGGCGGAAAUCGCCGCGAGGAACCUGCGGCAGGCCAGCACGACGAAUCCCUUCAUCAUGCCGAACGCGACCCAGGCGUUCCAAGUGCAGUUGUAGCGUCAGGAGUUCAUCAACAACGUCGCAAAGUAUUUCCGUUCGAACACAUAGUGACGGCUACACGUCCGCUCGCGCUUCGACCUCGCACACGAUCGAAAGUACUACACGUGAGCCGCGUGUCCUCGAGCCGCUCGCGAACACCGUCGCUUCGAUCGCGCACGACGACGACGACGACGACGACGACGACGACGACGGCGAUGUCGCAGUCUAGUUAGCCUUAGAUCUCGACCUUGCAUGACAAUCUUCGGCGAGACCCCGAGUCGAGGAGUCAGGCCGAAGGAGAUAAAUAAAACUUUACAUCGUCGUCGUCGUCGUUGUCGUCGCCGUCGUCGUUGUCGUCGUCGUCGUCGUCGUCGUCGUCGUCGUCGUGUCGACUUUCUAGUAGCAACGACGGUAACAGCGAACUACAGCACAAAACGAGUCUCCGUGAGAGUACUCAACAUAGAUAGAUAUAUACGUAUACGCGCACACAGCCUUAAACGCGACCUCAAUAAGAACAAAAUAUAAAAAAAGAAAAAAACAGAAGGGCAGAAGGGGAGAGAAGGAAUGAGAGAGAGAGAGAGAGAGAGAGAGAGACACACGUAAACGCGCGCGUAGAUAGACGCGUGCGAGAGACGGGGAGAGACACAAAGUUUCACGCACUAGUAAUAAUACCAGGCUACUCCACGUCAGCCGAGGAACAAGAAGCAAUAGAGUAUCGCGGAGUACGCGUAUCGAUAGUUAUACUUAAAUGUGUCUGUGACGCGCGAUACCGUAAUUGGAUAUCCCAAUAAUCUUGAGUAGACUUAGUAGGCUCGAGCCGAGCGGUUAUCGUCGUUUUGCAUGAGAAACGAAAUUGUACGCACCCCAAAAUUACGCACUGCACCCUUGCCCCUUUUUUCCAAAAGAGCAAAAAAAAAAGAAGGAGAAGAAGAUGAUGAUGAUGAUGAUGAUGAAAAGCGGGAAAGAAACGAGGAGCAAAAUGAUAGACGAAUAAAUAAUACGUACGUAGCGUAGUUGCUUCGUGGUCGUGCACGCUACCACGUGGGUCACGAGAGAAAAAAAAAGUGCGGACAGUCGUACCUCCUCUUGGACGGUGGGGAAAGUUGCGAAAUUUUCCGGCGGGCUCAUCCGGCUCAGGCAAGCGCACAGGCGGCGGACGCUCGGUUUCGCCGAAACCGUGACGCGAUUAGACGCGCAAGGGGGUUAACAUCCGCGAGAGACUGUGAUAUAUAUAUGUAUAUUGACGUGAAGUGGCCAGUAC